AUAUAACCGCGAGGCAGGCGGCGGCCGUCCCGCGAGCGGAGAACGGAAGAAAUCGAGCGAAGAAAAAGGCUUCCGAUCCGCCUCCUCGCCUCGUCAACCCCCCCCCCCCCCCCCUAAAAUUUCCUACCCUUUUCCCCUCGUUUUCUCCGUUUCCUCCCGGCCCGUCUCGCCGCCUGCUGCUCCUGAUCGAUCCGCGUCGGCGGCGCGUUUCGGGUAGGGACUAAAUUGUGACAAUAUCAUCAUCGCUCUUGAUCCAUUUCAAGUGUUCAUUACAUACAACUGCUUCUUGUAGGUUAGUGCUAACUUUCUUUGCACAAGUUCAACCAACAAAUUCUUAUGCAUUAGAUCUCAUAGGUUCUUGUUUUAAGAGUUGCCCUAUUUGUUUAUUUUCAUAUAAAGAAAAAUGUGCUCAAUAAGACCAUUUCGUACAGCCAGCUUUCUUUGUUAUUUUUCUGUGUCUAGUGCUAAUGUGAUUUUUUGGAAAAAAUUUCCUUGGCUACUAAAAUUUUGCCUGUUUUGGAACAAUUGAUAGUUCAUGGUCUAUUCAUAACUCUUGUUAGUAUUGUGUUUGUUAUCAGCAGUUACACAGUCUCUUUGUUGGUUUCCAGUUCCUAAUGUAGUUACUUUUGUUGAUUGGAUUAUACUUUGUUAUCUUCUGAGAAAUAUGAUUAUACUUUUCAAGGCAUGAUCUCUUUGUAGCAGAAUACUCUAUUUAAAACCAAAAUAUUUGUUGGAAACCGUAGUCUUGUACCUGCUAAACCAUCUCAAAUGUUAAUCUGAUAAGCAAAUGUGCUUUGAUAUCUAAAAGUUUUACUAUUUCCAUCAUUCCAUGAGUGCAUAAAAACAUGUUCACAGCUUUUUUUUCUCCAAACUGCUUAAAUUCUUAACUUCACACAAUAAAUUUUUUCAACAAUUCUAACGAUUAAGUGAAUUCGACACAGUUGGUUUCAAGAUGACAAGUAAGAAAAGUAACAGAUCUACAGUCACAUCAUGCACUGCUCUGCAUAUGGAAUGGGACAGGAUUUCUUGCCCUAUUUGUAUGGAGCAACCCCACAAUGCUGUUUUACUUAUAUGCAGUUCAUACAAGAAUGGCUGCAGAUGUUACAUUUGUAACACAAGCCAUCGACACUCUAAUUGCCUUGACCGGUUCAGAAAAAUGAAUGGUGAUAGUAAGGUCCGUGCUUCACACUCAACCUAUUCGGUGCUUUCAAACUCCAAUAUCAGAACUGUCCAACCAAGAGCUCACUAUGAUAUCAUUUCCAGACGUUCAAGGAGCCCAAGACUCAGAAGGCAUGUUGAUAAUGAAGCGUCUUAUCGUUCCAAUGUAAACAAUGGUCAAAACCCAGAUGGAAUAUCUAGAUCUGAACCUGAGUUUGCUAACUAUCAAGAAUAUGAAAACCCAGCCUUAUCUAUAGAAGGAAACAUUGUAAUUGGGGGAUGUUAUGAUGCUAUGCAAAGUUCUGCUGAAGUGAAAUGUCCUCUCUGUAGAGGAUCUGUAUCUGGUUGGAUCCCUGCAGGUGACGUGAGGCAGUAUCUGGACAGAAAGCUGAGAACUUGCUCUCAUGAUUCUUGUAAAUUUGUUGGAACCUAUGAGCAGCUGCGUGAGCAUGCUAGGAAUGCUCACUUGCUUACAAAUCCUGCUCAUGUAGAUCUGUCAAGGAAGAGAACUUGGGAUCGCAUUGAGCGUGAGCAGGAGGUCGGUGACGUCAUUAGUGCAAUCAGGUCCCAGAUACCUGGGGCAAUAAUAGUUGGUGAUUAUGUUAUUGAGACUAGAGAUGACAUGUCCCCAGACAUAGACUCUGGUGAUGAAAGUAGUGAAGAGUGGUGGUCAGAUCGAGACGAUGUUGAAUCACCAGGUAGCAGACUUGAUUCUCCAAGUGUUUGGCCAAAUGAUACGCUAGGAUCACCUAGCAUUUGGCCAGAUGAAAGACGUAAUUUGCAAAGGCAUCUGCCACAGAACAACAGAGUUUUACCGAGGCUUUCAUUCAGCAAUAGGCGUAGCUUCAAUUCAGAUUGGCAGGGGAUUCGGCAACCAAGGACGCAGAGUCUACUGCGACAGGGUUUCUCAAAUAGCCACUCUAGACAUCGCAGCAAUUAUCGUGGCUAUCGUCGCACGCUCCUGGAUCGGUCAUAUAGUGGUACCCGAGAUCCAGGGAGGAGCAUAGAUCCAUCGUUGGUGCCAAGCAGGCGGCAGCGGCUGCGGUACACGCACAGAAGCCACUACUGAUGGAAACAAUAGCAGUUCUGUAGAAAUUCAUUGGUGGUUGUGGUUCCACCCAAGCUAUCUUUGUAAAUACAAAUGGCCAAGACUAUGUUUAUUUCCUUAGUUUAUUUAAUCUGUGUAUCAUGUAUUAUGUGAAACAAUCUAUCCCAGAUGCAAAAGGCAUUCCUCUUUAAUGUUAUUUACGGUCUCGUUGCUGCA